AUGGCGCGUCGUCCUGCUCGUUGCUACCGUUACUGCAAGAACAAGCCGUUCCCCAAGUCGCGGUUCAACCGAGGUGUCCCUGACCCCAAGAUCCGCAUCUUCGAUCUCGGCCGAAAGCGUGCGAACGUCGACGACUUCCCUCUCUGCAUCCACCUCGUCUCCAACGAGUAUGAGCAGCUGAGCUCCGAGGCCCUCGAGGCCGCCCGUAUCUGCGCCAACAAGUACCUGGUCAAGCACACCGGCAAGGAGGGUUUCCACCUGCGCGUCCGCGCCCACCCCUUCCACGUCGUCCGUAUCAACAAGAUGUUGUCGUGCGCUGGUGCCGAUAGACUGCAGACCGGUAUGCGUGGUGCCUGGGGCAAGCCCAACGGCACUGUCGCCCGUGUCAACAUCGGCCAGAUCAUCAUGAGCGUCCGCACUCGCGACUCCAACCGUGCCCUCGCCCUGGAGGCUCUCCGACGAUCGCAGUACAAGUUCCCUGGUCGCCAAAAGAUCAUCAUCUCCAAGAACUGGGGCUUCACCCCUCUCCGCCGCGAGGACUACCUCGAGCGCAAGGCUGCCGGCCGCGUCAAGGUCGACGGUGCUUACGUUCAGUUCCUCAGCAACCACGGCCCUCUCGAGUACAACAUGCGCCGCUUCCCCGAGGCUUUCCAGUCUGAGGCUUAA